CAGAUAACUCUGGUCCAUCCUCAGAACGCUGCUAUCUGCAUGUCAACAGUACUUUGGGGGACCUUAUCAGGAAGUGCCUUAACCAGUACUGUCAAAUGCCAGAUCCACAGUUGAAGGGAUGCAGUUCAGAGGGGUACCCUCCGGACGAGUUUUAUCGCCUGUUCGCCCACCCCGAACCAGAAUUCGAAACUGUGACCUGUCGUAGUAUCAACGUUAGCGCAAAUCGAGAUAUUAGUGGUGCGUUGCUCUCAUUGGCGAUGCAAUCUGGCAUCCUUGCCUUUAUCCAUUUCGCUGUACUCAUACUAAAAUUCUUUCCGGGAGUCACAAGAUGCAUACGACACCGCCACUUCUCCGCCCUUAAGUUCACGUUAGUGGAGUUUCAGGAGGCUCAAUGCUUCUACAUGCUGUCCUUUCAGUUUACUGCCCUGACUGCUCUUGUAGCUGGCCCGCAGCUCUAUAAAGCAACUAGUUUGGCGCAGCUUACAUCGAACACCUCCAUGGUUAAGACUGUGACGUUAAUGGGUGUGCUUCCGAUUACACAUGGCCUUUGAAUUCUACACAGGGUUGACUUACAUUCGUGGUAUAUUUCUCUAUGGUCCGCUACUACGAUAGUGGUGUCUAGUGUCACUCUCCAUCUAUGUAAGAUAGAGCCUAGAGUGGCCAAUUUGUAGAGUAUUGCAACCGCCAGUCAUCUAGACAAAUAUGGCUAUCACCCUCCUCCCCUUAUAUAUUACCGGCCACAUUCCGAUUAUUACUUC